GUUGGUAAUACUGGAUUGUACCAUAGGACGAAUCAAUCAGAAGCCUCGUUUAAGGAUAUUAUAUAGUCUUUCUCAGUCUAUUUCGAAUCCUUGGCUUAAUUUGUAUUAUUGACGUAAUCGUGAACGUUGUAAUUACGUUUGUGCGUGCAUAACAUAAGAUUAAAAAAAUAUUUCUAUUACGAUAUAUAUAUAUAUUAAUUAAUAAUCAACAUGAUCAUUCCUGUGAGGUGUUUCACUUGUGGAAAAGUUAUUGGAAACAAAUGGGAGGCAUAUCUUGGCUUACUACAGGCAGAGUACACCGAAGGUGAUGCUCUUGAUGCAUUGGGUUUGAAACGAUAUUGCUGUCGCCGAAUGCUGCUUGGACAUGUGGAUCUUAUUGAAAAACUACUUAAUUAUGCACCUUUAGAAAAAUAAAUAUAUAUAUAUAUAUAUAUAUAUUUAUAAAUGUAUAUAUAUAUAUGAUAGUUCGAUAAGCAUUUUGUUCAGCAUAGUUUCUCACAUUGAAUCACGAUUUAUAACAUUAUCAUAAUAAGAUUUACUAUGUAUAAAAGUCUAAGCAUAUAUAUAUAAUUUUUUUUUUUUUUUUUUUUUUUUUUUUUUUUUUUUUUUUUUUUUUUUUUUUUUUAAUACAAUUUUUGUAAUUAUUAAACAUUUAGUAAAUAUUUUAAUUAAUUAAAAUAUAAUAACUUAAUCGUAUUCAUUUGUAUAAUAACGAAGAAAAAAAAAAUAUAAACUUUAGGAAUUAGGAUUUAGGUCGAACAAUAUCGGAAAGUACAUGAUUAUAUUAUAAAAUCUUUAAUAUGUUCAGCCAGUGAAAUAUAUAUUUUUGUAUGAUCAUUAGAAAAAACAAAAAUUAUUGAUUAUAAUACAAAAAAUUUGAAUUGGCAUAAAAUGGUUGAUAUUACUGUUUCUCACCAAUUUAAUGAAUAAUAGUUUCUUUUUCUUUUUUUUUUUUCUUCUUUUUUUUAUAAUUUGAAUUGAAUCUAAUUGAAUUUAAGAAAUCAAUUGUAACUAAAAUACAUCAUUAAUUACAUAUCAUUAUUAAAUGCGUUACAGAAAAAGUUAAAUUCUGAGAGAGAAGGCUCAAGUUUUUAAUUAUUAUCUUAAAAUGAUUUUAUCAAAUUAUAGAAUACAUAGAUAUGAAAAAUAUUAAUAACAAUUUAUUAUUCAUUUUCAUUUGAUUCAUUCAUAAUAAUGCAUACAGAUAUGAAUUAUGAGAGAUAAUUUAUUUAAUGGUUUAAACAAAAUUUUCUUAUGCAUGAUGAGAAGACCCAAUUUAUGAGACCUCAAUUCUUUUUAGAAAUUCUGAAUGUACAGAAUAAUAAGAAAUCUAUUUUAUCAAUGAUUUCUAUAUUUAAUCAACUAUCUGAAUAUACAAUUUUUAUUAAAGCACUACGAGAUCCAAAUACUAAAGCUAUUAUGCUAAUUACGCAUAUAAUAAUAUUUUUCACUGCUACCCAAUUAGCUGGCCCAAAACCGGUAUCCCAAUAUGUAACGAUUUCAAUAAGUGCAGGCAUGAAAAGUCCCAAUAUGGAAAAACAAAAUGCCCCGAUUAAACUAAUGAAAGGUCCAAUAUUUGGCACAGCUACCGCAAGUAAUACUGUAUAAAAGAAAGAAAGAAAGAAAAAAAUAUAUAUAUAUAUAUAAUAAAUAAUUGAUUAAAAAUAUUUCUAAUAUAAUUAAAUAUAAAAAUAAAAAAUGUUUACCUGCUCCAGUAACCAUAGUUGUUCUUAAAAUAUAAUUUGCUAAAAGUGGUUUCUUCUGAAAAUGAUCUUUAAUUCCAGUCCAUGCAAUAUCUAAGCAUACAUAAAAUUGUAAUCCAAACGUACAAUAAACUGCUAAUCCAAUUAAAAUUUGAACAACUUGAGCCGGGCUAUGUGAAAAAAAAUAAUAAUUAUAAAAUUGUAUUUAUAUUUUAAUAUAAAUAAUUUAUUAAUUUUAAUAAAUAAUAGAUAUAUCUUACAUUUCUUGGGUGGGUAAAUUCAAUGUAAUGCUAUCCAACGUUAAAUCUUGAUAUUUGAUAUAACCUAAAAAUCCAAGAAGAAUAUAUAUAAGAGUUACGCCAGACAUUCCUUUAUUGAGAACUCCACAAAUUCCUAUGAUAUGUUGCGGUGUUUUCAUAUUAUUUUCCAAUGGCAUAAUGACACCUGUAAGAACAUUAUUAUUUAUUUUUCUUUUUUAUUAAUUAAUAUUCAUAUGGUAUAUAUAAAAGAUAACCUUACCAAUAGCUUCCAUGGCAAAAACUGUAAUGCUAAAAAAGUGAGGGAAAUUUUGAAUAGGUGCUGCCAAUGGUACAGUAUUAAUCGGUGGAAGAUCCCAAACUAAAUAAUAAAAUGUUAUUCCCAAGCCAGUACCCAUAAAUAUAUUAGCUACCAUGGAAACUGGUGCAAGAUAUUUUAAAUUGGGUAUCCAGCUGAGUAAUAUCAAAGGUAUUAACAGGCAAGCUGUAAUUUCACGUAUAAUAGUAUCGUCUGAUGCACUUUCAUUAUAAUGUUUAAUUACUUUUUCAAAAUUUGCAGCAACGAUAACUGCGUACACACUGCAGGUGCCAAAAUAUGUUGUGAAUAAACUAAUUUGUAUGAUAUAUCUGUAAGAAGAAGAAGAAAAACAAAAAUUCUUUUAUAUAUAAUUUUUUCAACAUAAAAUAGAAACACACUAAUAUAUAUUAUUAUAUAUAAUUUCAAUGAGAUAUAUAUACCUAGAUGGUUUGGCAAGUUUUGUUGCCCAUCGUGGUCCCAUAGAAAAUGCUACUUCUGCUACAUCAGCAAAGUCCAUUUCUGUUCUUCGCGUUUUAUGAUAAAGAACGUGUGCACAUUUGACCUAAAAUAUAUCCAUCAUAAGACAAACAUUACAUUUAUUCUUAUUAAAUUAUUUAUUCUCAUUAAAAUAUAUUUCUAAAAGAUCUUUCAUUUACUUACUAAAAUAUACGCACAAUGCGUACAAAUAAAAGCAACGAAUAUUGUUGCAAAUAUUCCAACAAGAAGACCAGCAUUUUUGAAAGCAACAGGCAUAGCCAAUAUACCUGUCCCAAGAGAAGCUUUCAAUAAAUGUGUCAAUGUAUCGCAAUCCCUAAAUGUAUAAAAGAAAAAAAAAAAAAAAAAAAGAAGGAAAAAUAAAAAAAUAAAAAAUAAAAAGAAGAAGAAGAAAAAGAGAAAAGCAAAAGCUUAGAAUAUUUUCAAAUUAUUCGUCGUAUAAAACAAACAUUUUUUUUAUAAUUUAAAUUAUUAUCUUACGUUGUAGGAUUGUCAACUUUGCGUUCGGUGAAAGGAUUAAAUGAUUUUCCUUCCUCAAUAUCUUUUGGUGCUACUUGUACUUUGUAUCUAAAAUGAUGAAAUAAUUAUUUCAAUGAUUAAAUAACAUUGAUAUUUUGAAAAAGAAACUUUUCUCAUAUAGGAUAUACAUAUUAUUUAUCAUAUAACAUUAUAAUUAAUAUAAUUUUUUUCUCUUUUCUUUUUUUUUUUUUCUAUCAUAUAAUCAAAAAGAAGUUUUAUCAUGUGUGAUGAUGUAAGAAAAAAAAAAAAAAAAGAAAGAAAGAAAGAAAAGGAAGAAACAAAUAAAAAAAGAAAAUUAUCAAAUGUGCAAACACAUAUAACGUCAUACAAUAUUGAUACAUGUUUUUGAUAAUAAUAUUACAUGUGACUAGCAAUUUCAAAUUUUCAAUUCUUGAUAAUGAUAAAUAA